AUGGCCGCCGUCGUGCCCAAUGCCGUUGGCUGGUACAUUCUCGAGGGGUUCCCCUGGUGGCCCGUGUACAUUUGCGACGUGACGAAGCUCCGCCCGACGCUGCACCUCUUGGGCAGUGGCCACCAGAAGAUCCUCAAGAAAGCGCGCGACUUUCCAUUGGACUUUAUUGUCGUCUACUACUUUGGCUCCCAUGACUUUUCGCUGGUUGGGCUGAAGAAUGGCGUGCUGCGGCCGUGGGACUGUGCGCAGAAGGACCAGUUCCUCAAGGGCCAUCCCAAGCACUUGACCAAGAAGAAGUCCGUACUUGAAGAACUCCAGGUUGCCGUGCACGAGGCGGAGGAGUACUUGUCGCAGCCCGAGGACAUUCGUCUCCCGCCGCAUAUGGUGCCAUCGGAUCUGGACCCGACACUGGAGCCGCCACCGGAGCUUGUAGUACCGGAAGAUGUGGAAAUGGAGUCGGACACGGACGAGGACAUGGAGACGCAAAGUGUGGGCGACGGCGACAGUGUGGAAAACGAGGAGCAGGAAGAAGAGGUGCAAGCGAUGAGACACAAGAAGCCAAAGAAGAAGAAGGAGAAAGAGAAGGAGAGAAAAGACGAGAAGAAAACGAAGAAGAAGAAAAAUGGGCUCAAAGACGAAAAUAGUAAAAAGACAGACGAGUCAAAGCGUAAGAAUAGCAGCGAGAAGAAACGGGGUAUGAAAAGUGCGUCGCCAGCAAAAGUCGCCAAGACGACGCUGGAAACCGAUGUCACGAGCGAGCGCGCUGUAGUGAAGAAAGACAAUGAUGAGAAGAAAUGGCUUCCACCUGACAUGACCUCGGAAGCGCUGAGCGUACUUCUGGAGAAGGAGAUCCGCUGGAUCCUGGUCAACUGUCAGUUUGAGGAGAUGACUACAAAGAUGGUGCGGAAAAUGCUUGAGGAGCGUCUUAAGAUCGACUUACGUCACCACAAGGCAUCGAUAAAAGAAGGUGUUGCACGAGUGAUCGCUUCGAUGGAAGACGAAGACAUGGGCGACUCUGUUCCAGAAGAAGCUGCCGUCACAUCCGAGGGCACAGCACAGCCUGAUCUAGAGGUCGAACAUGAUGGUGUCGUCGUACCCGUUUCUCCUAGUGGCGUAGCAAAGACGGAUGUGGACACUGCAAGAGAGAAAGAAGUAGCUGAUGCUGCAAAGAGUGAGAGCACGAAGAGGGAGCUCGAAGCAGUGUCAAAACAUCUUUCGCUGGCUCUGGAACUGGAACCGAAGAUUCUCGAUGCAUUGGACUUACUCAAGAGUAUCGAUCAUGUCGACAAGGACGUGCUGGCAGCGUCAACGCUUCAGCCACGACUUGUGAAAUUGAGAGCGCACCCGUCAUCAAGGAUCUGCGAGCUUGUCACAUUCCUGGUAAAGAAGUGGGAGGUCGAAGAUUGUGUUCCAGCACCUAAGCCGAUUACAAAAGAAGAGAUUCUGGAUCUCAAGACCCAGCUAGAGUUUUCGGAGACAUCCCAUGAUGAGUUGUUGGUGCACUUGAACCGACUGAGCGAGAUGGCUUUGACGAUAGAUCAUUUGAAGAAGACGGGAAUCGCACGGGCAGUAUCCAAUUUGCGCCAACAUGGCAAUGACAAGGUUUCUGCUAAGGCACAUGAGCUGCGCCAAAAAUGGAUCAAGCAGUCAAAUGAACAGCCUGCGGACAGCGAUUCGGGUCCGAAUUCGUUGAAGACUCUUCAAACUUUAUAUCGCAUCCUGGGUCAGCAAGGUGAUGGCUCAGACGAACAGAAGCUUCAACGGAAACAGCUGGCUGCGCUUGAACAGCUUCACAGUAUGUCGUUAGACACCAAGGACAUCAUCGAUUCCAAGGUUGGCAUUGCUGUUUCGAAGCUUCGCAAGUCCAGCAAUGAGAAGGUAGCAAAGUUAGCAAAGAAUCUUCGUAAGAAGUGGCAAACAGAGGCCAAAAAAGCGUAG